AUGGACGACGGCGAGAAGGCAGUUGCCAUAUUGAGGAUUUCCCAGUUCCACAACACGCCAGAAAGGAUUUUUUACUUAUACAAAGGCAUCAACUAUGUCGGACGGGAUCCCACCAUGUGCAACGUCUGGUUGACGGACGACUUUAUCUGCCGUGUACACAUGUACAUCAACGUUCAGGAUAUGUUCAUAUUCAUUCGGGAUGAAGCGAAGCGCCCAGGCGAAAGGUCGACCACGUUCUGCAUUAGCCAGGUCAUGGAGCUCAAUACCUGGUACCCUUGCACUCCAGAUAUGAGAUACAAACUCGCAGGGGUGUUGACGUUGUCUGACGUGAGAAGGUUGACCGAGGCUGAACAGGAAGUGGCGCCGCGCAAGGGCCACAUCACUCCAGAACAGCAGGCGGCAAUUGACAACAGGACAUAUAUGGAAGAAACUUUUGUGGGUGAUGGCCCCCCCGAGCUCAACACCCAGCCCAGCGCACCUUCCAUUGUGAUGCCUAGCUACUACAACCUCAACCCCAGCAGCAGAGGCAGCUCAUAUAACUCAAGAUCGGCGAGCGCUCCUAGGUACGAGCGCGAAGACGACCAUAUCCGUGCACCCAGUGACCAUUCCUUCGACUCUACUCAGAAGUUAGAGGACCUCACGCAGGUUGUGCGCGAGGAAAGGCGCAACUCGAAUCGAAGUAUCUCUCUCCCACCCGCCCUUAUCGUCCCAGGUGCGCCGGCGGAUGUCACCCUCCCACGACCAAAUGUUAGAGGAGGCCCUGGCUGCUUCAACCCCCCCUCAAAACUCCCCGAUCACAUACUCCACAACCCUCGCGAGUAUUUCGACAAAAUACACACGUCCAGCCAACUCAACGAUAUUCACCACGAGGCAACCCUGGUCAUCAGCGAUGACCUAGAUGACGCGUCGCAAUCGAGUGUGAUCCUUCCCGAAACCCAGCCGACGCAAUUGUUGGCUCCAACUUCUCAGGACGUUGCCCCGAGUUCACUUCCCGAGGACAUUGUUGUCAGUGGUAGACGACCAAGCGUGGAGAGACAGCGGGAGGAUGCUGGUGAUGUUGAUGACCGCGCGCACGGUUCGCGGUCCGGAUCUGUUGUCCCUGAGUCACCCGUGCCAUCUCAACAAGAUUACAUCCCCUCAACGCCAGCCGAUCUCAUUGGUCUGUCAAGGACAGCUAUCAGGGACACGCAGGAGCAGCGCCGCGGAGAAGAUGAAGAGGACGAAGACAGAGUCCCACAGACACCAGUCGAAGAGCAGCAGGACGGGCAGAAGCAACAUACGGCCAUGUCCGACGUGUCAACCUUGGAGGCGAACCAACUCUCGACAUCUAUACCCGAUUCGCAAGCGACACAGGAAGCGAUUCGACUGAGUCUGUCGUCUGACGACCAACCUCAGCACCAUCAGCAGGAGGAUAUCACUGUCAAAACCGAAGAGGUCGAGUCGGAGCGUCUUCUACUUCACAGUGUGGAUUCGCAGAACGUCAGUCUGUCUAGUCCAGGAGCAGUCAAGGCAGAAGAUGAUGACGACGAAGGCACAAAGGCGGACGAGGACUCGAAGCCGCGGUGGCGAUUCGGCAAGGAGGUCUGUCCGGAUUCGCAGCACUCAACACAGUCGUCAUCCCGGGACAGAUCGAGGGAAGAACCCCAUGGUACCAGUACCAGUACUACCACCAUCACCACCACCAAUAUCACCUUUACUUCCACUGCUACUACUGCUACUACGACAUAUCCCCUACAACCGGAAUCGGCAGGACCACAGGCAUCUGAGCAGAUGUUGAACGCGGAACCCUAUCACUCGAGUCAAGACUCAGACCGGACCGCCUCCAGAGAGGGAUCUCCAAAGCACAGUCUCGAGACUGACGCUGCGCCCGAGGAGCCACCCAAGCCCGCAAAGCAGAUCAAGAUUGACAGCACGGACGAUGUCUCUAAAGCCACGACGGUCCGGCUUACACGGGGAGCUUCAGCGGCGAAGCUAAAGAAGUCAGGGAGUGUUGACCCGCCACCCUUCUUUGGACAUACACCGACCUUGAGAUCUACUCGCAGCACUGCCCGAGAUCACCACUCCAUUAUGAUCAGUAGUCCUGGCUGGUUGAUGUGUGCGAUCGCUCGUGGUGUUCCUAUUGUAACCGAUGACUGGCUCAAGGACUCCAUCUCGGACGGUCAAUGUCGUCCCACGGACGAUUACUUGUUCGAAGACGAGCAGAUGGAGGAAGAGUACAAUUUUUCAUUCAAGGACGUAUGUGCCAAGGGCAGGAGCAAUGUCGAAAACGGGAUCCAGAUCUUCAAAAAUUACGAGUUCUAUUGCGUGACAACCACCAAGAAGCAGCCUCACGGUGAACCUUCUUUGACAGAACAUGGUUACCUGGUAAAAGACACCGUCAGAGCAAACGUUCUACCGAUGAUUAGGAUAUGUGGAGGAAAGGUGUUGACCCGGUCAGCAAAACCGGAUCCGACAAGGAAAGAGACGACGAUCAUUAUUGGACAGAAUGUUGAGGACUGUUCGGACACCCAGAAGUACAUCGCAGAUGGAUUCAAGGUGAUGGACAGGGAGUUUAUCCUGUCGUCUAUUCUUCGUCAGUCGCCAGAGCUGGAUUUCGAAACGCACGCGAUACCCGUACGGGAGGUGGUUGAAGCGGCGAAUGUAGAAGAGGAAGGUGACGAUGCAGGAGAACACAGCGACUCGACAACAGCAUCAAACACAAAGACUGCCAGGAGCAGGAGCAGGAGUACUUCAGCUGUGCCGUCGAUGUCACGCAGCUCGAGCAGUGUCAGGCCCCAGAGGAGCAGCAGCACCCUCAGUACUUCUUCCACUUCCUCCGCCGUUACCUCCACAUCUCCCAAGGAUACUGCGACCACGGGCAAGAAGAGGGCUACCAAGAAAAAAUAG